AUGACAGUCGCUGCAACAUCCCAGUCUCAAGCCAUGGCUGAGACUACUAAGCGUCUUCUUGCGCAACUCGCCAACGAAGGACUGUUCCAUCGAACAUGCUUCGCCGACAAGCUCAUAGAACCAGUUGGGCCAGAGGAUCUACCUGAUAUGCUCAAUCCGGGUAUCUCGCUGGUCGUCCUCCCACGGUCUUCAGUUCAUAUGUAUGGACCAUUCGAAGAGUUAACCCAGUCUCUGGUGAAAGGCUUUGGAGUGGCACCCCCGGCCUUCAAUGAAUUGGUUAUGGUCCCUUGUCUGUCCCGCCAACUGCCAGCGCUGCUCCAUCAUUUCCCAGAGGCAGAGCAUGUCAAGUCGGUCCUCGCUGCUGCGAAGGCACAUGCCGCUAUCCGAACAGUCUCCAUCCGUGGUUAUGAAUUUGACGUGAAAUUCUCUCUCGCAUGUCAGAUUACCUCCGCGCUACGAGUUCUGCCGUGUUGGUCUGCGGCUGCAGCAACGGAGAUGACGGCGUUCAUGAGGAAGAUUCUUCCGGAGGACCUCUGGCUGUUCGGAGAGGUGGCUGCUGUGACUGGGAGUCAAGAAGACAAGAGUGAAGCUCGCCACCUGACAUGUAUUCUUCGGGAGAACCUGGAGGCGAGAGCACAAGAAAAUGAUGAAGCACUCAUCCUGGUCUCCGCACUAAUGGAAAAGCCACUCGGUGGUCAACAGACGUACGCAGAAAUUCUCUUUGACCUGAAAACGACAGCUGAAAAGAAAAAGUGGUUCACGAGCGUUGGAUGCGAGCUCCACGCCCAGAAUACCGUCGCCCGCAUUUGUCGCAAGUCGAAGACGAUAAAAGGAUUUGCAGUCCGAGACUUAGCUGGAGUGAAACUCCAUCGACCGACGCUAAAAAAGCAGGGCUUUGAUAUAGAUACUACUGGGCUGGGCACGGAUGACCUCUACCAAGUGUGGAACAGGGUCCAUCAUGCACUUCUGCAGAACAACGUCGGCUACAUGCUAUAUGCACUCGGUCUGGAAGGUGCAGAAGAUGGAUGGGCCAUCGUGCGGUCGACGCUCUCCGAGGUUCUCAAGACAGACGAUAGCCCAAUUGGAAGGGAGAUGUAUCGGUACUUUACCAAAGAGACGAUGCCUUUCAAAAGCUUCCUGGGAAUGAGGAUGGGUGCCUGUUUCAAAAAUUCAAUGGCGAUCGUUGAAAAAGAGAUACCCAAUGUUCUCGCCAAAAGGUCUCCGUGGCUGCUCCAAAUCUCCUUAGCUAGCACUCAGGAUCCGCAAAACCCGGUCUUGCCAGAACAAGUUCAUCCAGAAUAUCGUAUUAGAGAAAGCGAGGCACUGCAAGAGAGAUUGGCGGACUCUGUUAGUCCAUAUGGUGCAUUUCCCGGGGCCGCGAAAAGACUUAAUCCCCACCCAGCGCUCCUACCAUGGCAGUUUGUGAAGAACCUGGAGACCUUCAAUGAAGCCUUGGCCAUUGCUCUGAAUAACAUCAUCGAAAGAUGGUGGACAGACAAGGAGGCUGAUCUACCAAGUCGAAUGCCAUUGGGACCCCAUGUCGAGGAACUCUUGCAGUGGGUAGAUGAAGCGACUGCACACGGUAUCAUGCCACCCUUCCAUGGCCACCAGGGUAAUCUACGACCAGAUAUCUUGCUCCCAGUCACAGACCGUGAAAUCCCAGAAUUUCGCGUCUGUGAAAUCAACGGCCGGUUUCCCAUCAGUUUUCUCCACUACGUUGCAACGGCCUACGAGGCACUAAGCGGCAGCACAUGGAAUACGCCCUUGAUCGAACCUGCCACGAAGUACAAUGUACUCCUAGAGAGCCUGUUUGACUUGUUUGACCCGGAUAGCCCCGUUCACUUUGUCAAGGAAAGUCAAGGUUUUCCGUCCGAUAGCCCUCUGUUUGGUUUUAUUGAAGAGCGAACCGGGAGGAGACCGAGAACCGUUAGGCCAGGCGACCUCCGUCUAGUGCCCAGUGCAACCAGCCAAACCGGGUUCACCUUAUGCUGUGUCUGGGGGGCAGAUCCCACGGUCAAAACUCCCCCUGGUUCCAUUCUGGAGGUAGAUGGUGAGAUGUUAGAGACAGUACACCAGGUGGGUCUGCAGCUCUACGACUUUGAGCUGUUCUCUCUAUCUCCCGAGAUGGUGCGACACAUUGCCGCGUGCUGCAGGAAUGACCCCCGGAGUGUGUUCAUCGCCCACGAUAAACGCAUCCUAGGCAUUAUCCUCCAGGAGCUAGACAGCCUCGUAUAUACGCAACGAGUAUUGUCUCCUGCACAAGCACAGACCCUGCGUGAACAUAUCAUCCCUGCCAUCCUCCCCGGAACGGCUGCUUUCAGAGCCCUACUCCAACACACCCACACUAACCCCAUGAUCAAAGACCAUUAUAUCCUCAAACCGACCCGGGAUGCUCGUGGAGCCGGCAUCCUGCUGGGAAGAAAUAUCUCCAUCGAGCAAUGGCAAUCGAUUUUAACCUCCCUCGACAGCCAAGACAUUUAUUCGGCGGCAACACAGUAUAUGCUGCAGCCCCUGCUGGACUUACGGUCGUUUGAAUGGUUCUGGGAUGAAGAGCGCCAAGUCCGCAAGAGUCGCAGCGUAGGCACAUACUAUUCUGUGAACGGACGUUUUGUUGGAUUGGGGAUGUGGAGAACAGGGGCUGUCUCGGAGGACGUGAUUUCUGCUUCUACGAAGGAUGCGACGUCUGUUUUAGCCGUGGUUGCUCUUAAUAGUUAA